AUGAAGAAACAUAAGAAAAGAAGAUUUUGGUUAGCGACUGAUGACACUAUUUUUCUACUUCUCUUCUUCUUUGGAAUCUGUCUUCAAUUUAGUCGACCCUGUGAAGGUAAAACAAUUCGUGGGGUACUACGGUCCGAUGAAGCCCAAAGAGAUUUUGGACAAUAUUUAACAGCUUUCAGUUUUCAUGGGGACACAGCUCUCAUCAAUUAUACCCUAAAUGACACUGGGAAAACAGUGCCUAAACUUUAUCUUUUUUUGAAUGAAGAUUGGAAAGAAGCUAAUCUUGAUAUCCAGUGUCAACGCAAGUUUGAUAAAGCCAGGAUAGCAUAUGAACUUACCAACAAAACCGGUAAUCACACUGUUGCUCAUUUUCACUACCCUCGUAUCUGGCACAUAAUUUAUGCUGAUGCAUACACUUGUGACCCCACCCGACCUAUUUUUCCAAAAGAACAACCCAAUUUUAUUUACUAUGAGAUUCACUUGUUAAACCCAGAUGCCCUAAAUGCACCCACAGUUCACUUCAGUGAUGAGGAGUCAGGAUUAUUGGGCUUCUACCAACUGCUAACAUUGUGCUACUUUGUGACUGGUUGUGUGUUGUGGCCCCGUCUUUGGCAGACAAUCACUAAAGGUGGGCCUAUGCAGUUAGUCAUUCAACUUCUGGCUGCUUCUACUUCCUUCCAAGCAUUUGGUUCCUUUCUUAUGAUGGUUCAUUUUCACAGUUAUUCCAAGGAUGGAUUUGGCUUCCCUUUCUGUGAACUUCUUGCUGAAUUUUUUGAUGUAAUUUCUCAAUUCACUAUGUUGUAUAUGCUACUGUGCCUAUCUCUUGGUUGGACAUUGACCAGUCCAUACAAAUCUUCACCUAUUGAAACCAUUAAGAAGAAACCAGCUGCUAAAAUUAUUGGUAUUUUAUGUAUACUACAAUCUGUGCUUUUUUUAUGGGAACAAUACCGAGACAAAGAGCACAGAAUGUAUUAUGCGCACCGAACAUAUGCAGGCUUGGCUUUGGUUGCACUUCGCAUUCUAAUGGCAGCUGUAUUUGCUUGGAAUCUUCGAAAAACUGUCAAUUCAGAAAGAAGUGCUUUAAAAAGGGAAUUUUAUAUCACCUUCACAAAGUUAUGUAUGGUGUGGUUCCUCUCCUACCCUGUCUUGGUUGUACUUACUUGGCUAUUUGCCGAAUAUUUACGCUACAAGAUAUUGACAAUGGGCAUCAUAUUUUCCCAGUCAACCGUUGUUGUGAUACUUUAUCAAUUGUUCAUGUCACGCAGUCUCUACUGGGAAGUUUCAGCACUCUCCAGUUCUCUACCUCUUCGAAUGGACAAACAUUUCACACUAAAAAUUCAUUUUUGA